AGCCAUUUUGGUUUGGCCCUGGCGGCGAGAGCGGGGCGGGGGCGCCAUGUACACGGAGGUGGAGGAGUGCUUGGGCCAUGACCCGCCCGAGCUGUUGCAGGUGGGCGAGGGCAUGCGGCGGCUCGACUUCCUGGCCAGCGACGUGCUCCUGCGCCCCGAGUGGGUGCUGAUCGGAGCGGCACUCGUCUUGCAGUACCAUGCCAUGAUCUUCUGGAAAGGGUGCUCCCUGUGUGGCAAGUACGGGGGCCGCAGCGGCAGCACCUGGCUCCGCACCGUGGGGCGGCAGCUGAUGAUCCUCCAGUUCUACUUCUGCAGGUCGCCCUGGGUCGCGCUCCCGCGCGAGAACCCGGUCCGAUGGAGCAUGGGGGUCGUGAUCUGCGACGUGUACUUCAUGGAAUGGUGCGCGCACGCCCUCAGGUGGCUGCAGGGCGGUGCCAGCAGCUUCUGGCAGGAGAUGGACUACAACAAGGUCGCCAGGCAGAAGGUGAUCAGGAGCGCCUACAUGGACUUCUCCCAGUCGCUGGCGGACAUCUCGCUGCUGGUCUUCUGCCAGGGGGCACGGUGGCGGAUUAUGUUCUACCUCGUCAUCAACACCGACGAGGAGACGCACGAGGACUGCAACGGGUCGAUGCUGCAGUGGAUUGUCUCGGUCUCGGUGGUCCUCGAGUCCGGCCUUGACGAGGUAGUCGUCGUCGUCGUCGUCGUCGUCGUCGUCGUCGUCGUCGUCGUCGUCGUCGUCGUCGUCGUCGUCGUCUUUCUCCUCUCCGCUGCUUCUUGUCCUCUUCGUCCUCAUGCUCUCGACGAGGUCGGCAACCCGUAUCAACCAGGUCACUGGUUGGCAUCUCGGGAGGCCCUCGCUCAGGCGGGAACCAAGCUUACUCCGAUUGCGUGGUGGCUUCGGAGAUCCUUCGACUUCCUGGUGAACUCGCUCUUCAGGGAGAUGCUGCUGGGAGUGAUUCCCGUGCUGCUCUGCGUCGUCCCGCCGCUGGACAUGGUCAAGGACGCGCUCGCGAUCCUCUUCAUCUGCAACAUGGGCCAGCUGGACACUCCAAUGAGCAUCGAGGAGAUGCUCGAAAAGAGGAGGGAGCCGCAGCUCGACUACUUCGACACAGAGGACUGAGGCCGCGAACGCGCGGCCCCUCUCCCCCCCGCCGCGGGGUCGUGUGCAGAUCCCCCCCGGGCAUCGGACGCGUGCACCUGCGCAGCGCCGGCCAUGGAGCCGCCGCCUGAUGGCGAGGAGGAUGGCCCUCGCACCCGCCCGUGGAGUGCUGGUGCGCGAGAGCACCGCCCAUGGAGUGCUGGCGCGCAUCCUGCCCCCCCCCCCCCCUCCCCCCUCGACCUCUGUCUCCCCGCAUGUCGCCGCGCCGGUUGCUCCGACGCGCGGCCUUCCGCCUGGGGCAGGGCGCCUCGGCCACCGGGGCAAACGCCGC